UUUGGACCGUACACUUCAACGACACAAUAUCACCAUCUGCCGGCCUUUGGGCCAUUAGCUACACUAAUAUCCUACAUCGGUUUUUAGAUGCAGUUCUUUGGGAUUGGGUAGGCAAAUCUGUUGAUAGAUCUGCUUGCAGAGGCAAAAAAAUAUACUGAUAACGAAAGGGGAACGCCAGAUAACCUUUGGAGCGCACAGAAGUCUUGCGCAUGGAAGGCAGGGCACUUCCUGUUUUUUCCUCUGAUUUUUUUCUUGCUUGCCAGAGAGCGCUUUCUAUAUUGAGUAAUGGGGAAACAGGCAUCCAUCCACCUAACUAGUAACGUUAGGUCUGCACUUAUGGACAUUUCCAAAUGAAUCACAGGAAAUAUUGAAACUAAGUGGUUUUGUAGUUUAACGAUGGACUCGAUACGUCAAGCGUGAAUAGUGAGACACAACAAGGUGUACUGCUAACUACCUCCACACUAGCUAGUGAACGUAAGCUAGCUAACUUGGUACAAUCAGCUACGAUUUACUGUUGUGAAUGGUGUAACGUUACCUAACUAACGUUUGCGUGCCAGACAGUCAAACAGAGUAACGUUUCUCUUCUCUGAAAAGUAUUUCCUCAACCAGGAAAGAGCAGCAUGCGGCGAGAUCUGCAUCCGUUCUAGAAUGAAGAAGAGCCCGGCGCACCGUUGCAGGGACAUCGAGAGGCAAGCCGGUUACCUGCAGCCGGAGCACUGCGCCCCUCCUCCGACCCGCCCCCGCUCCGACGCCAUGUGGUUCAUCCGCGACUGCUGCGGCAUCGUGUGCGGCGUCGUCACCUGGGGCCUGGUGUUCUACGCCGAGUUCGUGGUGCUCUUCGUCAUGCUGCUGCCCGCCAAGAACCUGCUCUAUAGUCUAAUCAACGGGGCACUGUUCAGUACCCUCGCCUUCCUCGCCCUGGCUUCGCACGCCCGGGCCAUGUGCACAGACCCGGGUGCGGUGCCUAAAGGGAACGCGACCAAGGAGUUUAUCGAGAGCCUGCAGCUCAAGCCCGGUCAGGUGGUCUACAAAUGUCCCAAGUGCUGCAGUAUAAAGCCCGACAGAGCUCACCACUGCAGUGUGUGUAAACGCUGUAUCAAGAAGAUGGACCACCAUUGCCCAUGGGUAAACAACUGCAUAGGAGAGAAGAACCAGAAAUUCUUUGUGCUUUUCACAAUGUACAUUUCACUGAUAUCCCUCCAUGCCCUGGUCAUGGUUGCCUUCCAUUUUAUCUUCUGCUUUGAGUCCGACUGGACGAAGUGCAGUACAUUCUCUCCUCCUGCGACCGUCAUCCUCCUCAUCUUCCUCUGCUUUGAGGGACUCCUCUUCCUCAUUUUCACCUCAGUGAUGUUUGGGUCGCAGGUCCAUUCCAUCUGUACCGAUGAGACGGGCAUAGAGCAGUUGAAAAAGGAGGAGAGAAGAUGGGUUAGACGGACAAAGUGGAUGAACAUGAGGGUGGUAUUUGGCCAUCCGUUCUCCAUAGCCUGGCUAAGUCCCUUUGCAACCCCUGACCACGGGAAGGCAGACUAUUACCAGUACGUUGUCUGAGAAGAAGACGCCAAGCUCCAGCACCCAUGCUACCAGCCUGUCUUUCAGGGUGCGGACUGACGAUGCGUACUGUUCCCGUGGCCUGACUUCACUGAGCAUUAACUCUUGACACUUCUUCUCCUUUUCUGUUUUUGAUCAUUUUAAAUUUCAGGGUCUUCUUUGUGAAAAAAAAUCUUUACCUGCCUGUUUUUAAUACUUGCCACUUAUUUUGGUUUCUUUCUUUGCCUGGUGCUGAUCUUGAUAUCUGUAUGAAGAAUACGUUAUUUUCCCUUCUGUUCACAAUCACAGCCAAGCCCUGCAAAACCAUCAACUGUAAAAUGAGUCUCUGCUUUUCUCACGUUUACCAUUUUAAAGAAAGCCUUUGCUGAUGUAACCUAGCCAGAGACCGAAUCGGACGUGGCUAUAAACGGGAUAGAAAGGGUAGACGCUCUUAAACCCCCGACGUACAGUAUUUCCUGUAUUUGGUCAUGUCCUGUUUGAGGACUAGGCCUAAACAAAGCAAACGCACGAGCUGAAUCCAGAUUGGCUUUUCAGUGGACGAAAACGAUCAGUUCCAAUAGGCCUAUUUUAUCUUCCCGACGUUGCAGUACCUCAGCCUUUCCGUAAUGUAUCCUUUAUGGUAUAAGCGAUAGCCUUGUUGCCAGUGACACGCUGUUGAUGUACUACUGACCCACAAGGCAUUACAUUUGCUGUUUAGAACAGCCAAAUCUGUUGCUGCAAGUUGCAGAUUCUUUGCCUUUAUAGGCGAUGCGCCCUCUAAGCUGCGCGCAUGCCCGCAGGACUGCCGCGCAGAAGAAAUGCCAUGCCGCACAGACUCGAGAGAUUGAACUUCACCGAGUUCACCCCAUUAGUUUGCACUACGUAGAUCAACGAUUUUUUUCUGUGAUCGAAUCAACAUUAUAAACUGGGAUGUUGGAGCCCUGAAUGCUGAUUAGCUGACAGCUAUAUCAGACUGUAUACCACGGGUAUGGCAAAACAUGUAUUUUUACUGCUCUAAUUAAGUUGGUAAACAGUUUAUAAUAGCGGUAAGGCACCGCUGGGGUUUGUGGUAUAUGGCCAAUAUACCACAGCUAAGGGUUGUAUCCAGGCACUAUGCGUCGUGCAGAAGAACAGCCCUUAGCCGUGGUAUAUUGGCCAUAUAGCACACCUCGGGUCUUAUUGCUUAAUUAUAUCAGCCCCUUUAAGCUGUUUGUUAAAAACUAGUCGGGUAAAAAGCGUGUGUGUCUUAAUUAAAGGGGCAGUGUUGUAUUUUGAGACAGGCUUGAAUAUGGAAAUGAGCCAGUAGGCAGAAGGGUUGCCUACGCUGUCUAAUUCUCUGACUGGUAAUAAUAAUGAAUUAUUUGUAAAGUGGUUUCUUGCAUCAUACAAUGCAAUGUACAUAUUUGGCCCAUGGUGUUACAGACCAAGUAAAAAGUCAUUACUUAAUGUCAAGCCCUUCAUAAUGUAAAAAUGUUUAAAGGUAUCAUGCAAUGUAGGCCUGCAUCGAACACCACAUACAGACUACUGUAGGCUAUAUCAUAGAAAUCAAAAGCUAUUUCUAUCUGAAAAUGUUAUGGGAUUUGCUCCAUUGGUUUUGUUGGUAGGACUACAUUAUGCUCAAAUAGCCACAAUAGCCUAUUGGCUAGUGUCUAAAACUGUAAGGGUUCCACCUCAGUAUUCACUGUAAUCGCGUGCUGGAACUUGCAUAAAAUUCUCACAAUGUUCAGGUUUCCGCUCACAACACCUAAAUUUUGCUCAGUCCCCCGCCCAAAAUGUUUGCUUAUAGGACAGUACACCAUGGACAAUGGCAGUUGGGUAAAGAUAUUUUUGUAGCUCUGUAACCUUAAGUUUCAGUUGAAUAGGGUAUCUGCUUCCUCUCACGGGCUGUCAGUCAUGUGCAGGAUGGGUCCCCCUCCAAAGGUCGUGACAGGAUGAGAUUGGGAACAACAAUGGAUUGAAAGUAGCGGCUGGGGACAGUGGUUGAGGGUUGUCUGUUGUAGCAUGCUGUCUUACUGGCUGGUGUAUGUGACAACUGUUUCUAUAGAAAAAGUACUGUGAUGCCCUCUGACAUUUUCAUUUGAUCACUGAAUAACUACGAAACUGGUAAAUCAAAUGUACAUAUUAUUUCUACUUUUUUGGGAACAGAAGCAUGCAGCUAAGUGUAAUUCGUAUCAAAACCAGGCUAUCGGCUUGACAUUGUGGUUAGGAAUCUGGCACAGCUGAGCUCUGCAGGGACAAACAUUGGUGAUGACAUUUAGGCCAGUGAAACGUGCACUGAAUCUUGAAAGAACAUUGUGGACAAUGCUAACUAGUUCACACACUAUGAAAAGCCACAGACCGGUCUCCUAAGAGACCGUGUGGAUUGGCUCAAGGCAAUUGGUCACCAGUUGCAAAACAAACAAGCUUCAUUCAAAGCAGAUACUUCAGUGAAAAUGCCUUUUGUCUGUGAGAAAACGAUCACACAAUCAAUCUGUGUGUUCAGAAGCCUUACUAUAGAAAGAGUAUGGGCUGUUGGUGAUGAACAGAAUGGCUAUGGCUACAUCCCAAAUGGGGCUCUAUUCCCACAGGGCUCUAGUCAAAAGUAGUGUACUGUGUAGGGAAUAGAGUGCCAUUUGGGCCACAGACUAACUCAUGUAGAAUAUUUUUGGUGCCAUAGGAAUCUCUGAACUCUUUCACCCUCCCCGCAUAUCAUUUGGUACAGCUGAUGGUGGAAUGUACCAUUGAGGCCACAGGGGAACUUUCAGAAACAUUUGACCUUUUAUGAAAAUGCAUUUUUACCGACUGUCAAAGCCAUGCUGAAUGAACACCAUGGUUAUGUAUUCAUCAAACAAAAAUGUUUAUCUUUUAAUUGAGAAUGCAGAGUGCAUUUGCACGGCAUGGGUGUCAUUUGAAAUGUGUAUGGACCGCAUUUUAUAGAUUUAAAAAAAAAAUGUAUUAUGAUGAAUAAAAUCAACUUUGAAGUCACUAAAGCAGCAUGACACUAUCAUGACAGUCA